AUGGACGGCGACGAGCCCACGCAAGCAACCCAGAAUGUCCUCGACCCGCGCCGAGUCGGGAAGCAGAAUUCGGGCUUCUCAGACGAAGACAUCUCCGACAUAAUAUGCGUACUCUACCCCCAUUCCGACUCGGCCCGCCUCGAGCUGCAGCGUCUGGUCCAGGAGGACUCUCCUCACAUCAUCGGUAAGGACGAAGCGGACGGUGUCGAGCCGGACUACGACUUCGAGGACCAGGCCGGUCGCUUUCUCGCCAACCCGACGAAUACCGGCAGCCAUGCCAUCAUCCUGCGUCUCUCAGCCCAGCUCAACAACCCUGCGGCCGGCUUCGUCUUUGGUCGCAAUCCAGGGCGCUGCGAUAUUGUCUUCAAGCACGACCCGCUCAAGAGAGUCAGCAACAUUCAUUUUCGCAUCUAUGUGAACGAGUAUGGCUCGGUCAUGAUCGAGGAUCAAUCUACCAACGGUACUUGGGCCGACGGCAACCUGCUGACCGCCCAUGCCAAUCCGAACGCCAGAGGAAACACUAAUCCUCCCCUGACAAAAUGGGUCUUGACCUCUGGCUCCAUCAUCAAAGUCUACCUUCACCAAGAGGCUAGGGACCUUACCUUCCGUGUCCGCAUUCCGCGUCGUGAUAAUGAGUACGACCAGGCUUAUACCGACAAAGUUGAAGCUUUCUUCGUGCGCCAUCAGUUGAAGCACCAGACCGAAACCAUCACUCCCGGGCCCGGCGGUCACGUCGACCUCUUCAAGGAUCCCGUCCAGGCUCGAUUUAAGAGAGAAGGGACUGGCGAGAUCACGCAAGCCAACUCGCGAUCACCACGCAACAGGAGAGAGACUCAACGGGAGUGGACGGGCUCUGGAAAGUACAACCGAACCGGAUCAAUCGGAAAGGGAGCGUUUGCUGUGGUUCACAAGGUAACUUCCAAAUAUGACGGCCUGCCCUAUGCGGCCAAGGAGCUUGAGAAGCGCCGCUUCAUCAAGAACGGCGUGUUGGACCAAAAGGUUGAGAAUGAGAUGAAGAUUAUGCAGCGGGUACAACAUCCCAACAUCGUUCGCUAUAUAGAGCACUUUGAAUGGGAUGACCGGUUGCUCAUCAUCAUUAUGGAAUACGUUCCAGGGGGCGAUCUGGGCAAACUCAUCUCGGACCAGGGAGCUUUGACCGAAGGCGUUGUUCGGAUCAUGUCAGCACAACUAUUGAGCGCUUUGGGAUACUUGCAUGCCAACAACAUCACUCAUCGAGAUGUCAAGCCCGACAACAUUCUCAUCAACUCGCUGAACCCUAUCGAUCUCAAACUUACAGACUUUGGCCUGUCAAAAAUGGUGGACAGCGAGCAGACCUUCUUACGAACGUUUUGCGGAACGCUGCUUUACUGUGCCCCAGAGGUGUACACCGAGUACGAGGAGUAUGACGACCACGGAGUGCGUAGUCGAGGUAAGAGGAUGCGGCGCGCACCUCGUCAGAGAUACAGCCAUGCGGUUGACAUUUGGUCGCUGGGCGGCGUGCUAUUCUAUACUUUGACAGGUUCACCUCCUUAUCCCGUCAAGAGCGGGAUCAGCUAUUCCGAGCUGUUACACAAGAUUAUGACGACCCGACUGAACAUUACGCCUCUGCAGCGAAACGACGUUUCAGAAAACGCCAUCGAGUUUCUUUGCAGAAUGCUUCAGAGACGGCCCGAGCACCGUGCAACGGUCAAGGAGUUGGAGAACCAUCCGUGGUCCACUGGCAUGGAGUCGGUAAUAAGCGCGUCACAAUCGUUUGAUGAGAUCUCAGAGGAUGAGGAUAUGCUUGGAAACUUUUCUCAGCUUCAGCGGCGUCACUUCGAGGAGGACAGAAUCAGCGACUCCAUGGGCGAGGAAUCAGAAAAGGAGAACUUCAGCGGGCGACCAGAGACACAGCAACCUAGACUAUUUGGUGAAGUGGGCAUCUCUGCGAUUGGCAGCUCAGGAGUUAUCCCGGAAGACUUGCUCAACCUGCAAGCGAGCAACCUCAGCGGAGGGCAAACCGAAAUCCUAGGCAAGGACGUGGACGAAGCUUAUCAGUCAGACGAUUCUGCCACGCCAAGGAGUAGGAACCGCCGGACUCAUCGUCAGACCAACAUUUCUAUCGCCCAGAACCAGUCGGAUGAUCAGCUGCAGAGUCUGGUGGAAGAUGUGGCUUCUCAGAGCUUGGGUGGCAAUGACUCUGUCGUGCAGAACCUUGCACCCUCGAACUACUCUCUGCAGUCGGCAGAAUUUAACACCAGCAAACGCAAGCCCCCUUCACAAGAUACAAGCGACGAGUUCGACAGCACACCCGUCGGAAAGCCCACUAUGAAGAGGCUGAAGUCAGAGAACAAUAUCGAGAAUCUGGCAAAUGAGAACUUGGAGGAGUACAAACUGCUGGCUCAGGUGCCGCAGAUCGAAAGACUGGGCUCAGGACGACAACUCGACGGCCCCUACAACAAGCAGGGCUUCUGGGAGCAGGACAAGGCGACUUGGCAUUUCAACUACCCGGAAAUGACUCACCUUCAAUACAACGCCUUUCAAAAGGCUGCUGUUGAGAGGAGCGAGGAGUUUGCGCCAGGAAAGACUCCUCUCUGGGGCCUGGCUAUGAAAUACUUCCCCCCCGUUCCACGGACAGGAGGACGAGCUACACUGGGCCGGUCAAACUCGCGGAUGCCCCUGACUUUUGAGAAUCAGGGCACGACUGAUGACGCGAUGGAGUUUCCGCCGACUGCGGCUCCCGUUGACAACUCUCAGAUCCCCGACACCCUUCCUGUGCACAACCCAAUCAUUGUGCCAGUCCCGGAAGAGGAGCCCAACAGACAAGCCGUCGGGAUGUUCGAGUCCCACCCUCAGUCAUGUCUCCCCAUCUCCUUUCCUGUCACUGACACGCUGGUGUCAUUUGGGCGUGGACCGGCGAAUACUGAGGUGUUUGAGGACAAGUUGGACGCACGAGUACCUAAGUACGCACUGAAACUGCUACUUUGGAGAGACGGGGAUGGCUUUGACCCUGCAAAGGACCCUGCCAAGGUACCCCCUCCGUGGCUUCGAGAUGGAGGAGACCCGAACUCGUACUGCUUCUACAUCUCGACCAAGGCCUCAGUUGGAAUUCACAUCAAUGGCUACUUGCUUGCUUCGUCUGAUGCUAAGAACCACAGCGGACCAGCACAUCACUGGGCUCGAGUCUACAACGGGGACUCGAUAGCAAUUUGGGGCUCAGACGGCAACGGCAAGCAAACCACGCUCGUCUUUCGGUGCUUCUGGGGUGCUUCUGCCCAAGAACGUGGAGAGGAUAAGUCGCCAAGGCUGGCCUCCGCAGCCCUUGCCCAGAAGCUGGACGCUGCUUGCCAGAAGGCAGAGAAGCGCAUCAAGGACGUGGCUGAGAGGAAGAAGAGGGGCGAGCAGAUCAAGGCGGAUUGGGAAGAACGUCUGAUUCAUGUGGAACGGGAGCGUGAACGCAGUCGAGCAUUCCAGGCGAAGCGACUGGAGGCGAUUGAAUAUCUUACCACGGUCUCAAGACAGACGCCGCUUUCGCGAAUGGCUUCACCAGCAAGCGCGCCCCCGACGAGCUACGUAUUCGGGGCGCCAAUGUCUCGCCUAUCUCCAGACAAGGAGAACACCAUGCCCGUGCCAUGA